AUGAUGGAACUGACAGUCAAUAGAUCGACAAAGGAUAGAUGUCCUAGGUGCGCGCAAGGCGGCAUACUAUCUGACACUACCACCGGCGAAAACUUUUGUGACAAGUGCGGAUUUGUGCUGUCAGACAAGGCGGCAGCAAGCGGCCCCGAGUGGCGCUCGUUCUCCAAGGAUGACGGAACAGACAGGGCGCGGGCCGGAACCCCGACGUCUCUGGCGAUGCACGACAUGGGGCUGGCAACGGUAAUCGGGCACACCGACAAGGACGCAACGGGAAAACCGCUCUCUGCAAGCAUGCGCAGCACCAUCGAGCGGCUGCGCACGUGGGAUAAUCGAACACAGGUUCACGAGCCCAUUGAUCGGAACUACAGGCAGGCAUUCUCGGAGCUUGACAGGCUAAAGGACAAGCUGGCAGUGGGCGACGCGGUGAUCGAGAAGGCGGCGUACAUCUACAGAAAGGCACUGGAGAAGGGCCUGGUCCGCGGGAGAUCAAUCUCGGCGCUGAUCGCAUCGGCACUGUACGCGGCAUGCCGUGACACCCAGACCCCAAGGACGCUUAAGGAUAUCGGCAUCGCAAGCAACGUCAAGAGAAAGGAUAUCACGCGAUGCUACAGGCUGCUUCUGCUGGAGCUUGGCCUGAAGAUGCCGGUGGUGGAUCCGGUAAACUGCAUAGCCAGGAUUGCCAGUAAGACCGGCCUCUCAGAGAAGACAAAGAGGGACGCAACCAAGAUCUUAAAGACCGCCGAGGAGAGCAAGAUCUCCUCGGGCAAGGAUCCCAUGGGUCUGGCGGCCGCUGCCCUGUAUGUGGCCUGCGUUGCAAACGGGGAGAACAAGACCCAGCGCGAUGUGGCAGAGGCGGCAGGGGUGACCGAGGUUACCAUAAGAAACAGGUACAAGGGCCUCAAGGUAUCUCUGGAUCUGUAG